AUGGCAGUGCAGCAGUGCACGGUGGCGCUCUUCGUGGCCGUCGCCAUCGUGGCCGGGUCAGCCAUCUCGUACGCUGCCGAAGCCGGCCACGCCCCGGCUGGGGCACAACCCAAGGCCACAACCGAGGAGCAGAAGCUAAUUGAGAAGGCCAACAAUGCCUUCAAGGCGGCCGUGGCGGCCGCAGCCGUGGUCCCUCCAACAGACAAGGACAAGUGUUUCCAUACCACCUUCAUCCAGAACUUUGGCGACUGGUCACUCGACGGGUUCACCAACGCGUCCAGCACCAACGCCAGUUUCAGCACCAGGGUCUCCUUCGCUCAGGUGGCGGCCUCCAAGAUCGCCCAGGGCGCUACCCCGGAGGCCAAGUACGACUCCUUCGUGGCCAUUUUCGGCGAGUCGCUCCGCAUCAUCGCCGGCAUCCUUGAGGUCCACGCCGUCAAGCCCGCCCGCGAGGAAGUCAAGGGGCCGAUCCCUGCCGGGGAGCUCAAGGCCAUUGACCAGAUCGACACCGCCUUCAGGACUGCAGCCACCGCCGCCGAUGCUGCCCCAGCCAAGGAUAAGUCCACUGUCUUUGACUCCGCCUUCAGCAAGGCCAUCAAGGAGACGAUGGGCGGUGCAUACGAGGCCUACAAGUUCGUCCCCGCCCUCGAGUCCGCCGUCAAGAAGACCUACGCCUUUUUUGUUCCUGAUAGGCCCCAGGACAAGAACAUGGUCUUUGAGAACGCCCUGACCGACACCAUCAUCGCCCUGGCCUCCGCGGCCGCCGCCCCCGCCCCCACUCCCGCCGCCGCCCCCGGUGGCGACAAAGUCUGA